CAGCAAAGAAUGGAAGCUUCAACUAGUGUGCUGUUGCUGGGCCGGUGAGAGCAAUGCGAGCGAUCUCGGCACAAAAAACCACCUUACCUGACCUGUACCGAAGAAUCAUUAGCGCCGUCACCGGCACUGUCAGUGCUCAAACUGACGCAUUUGUUGGCCCACCGGCUCCAGACCGCAUAUCGAGAACCACCUCACAAAGCUCAGACAACCUCCUCCUCUAUUUAUUAUCUGCUCCGCUCCCGCCGUCUCAGAACCAGAACCGCUCCGAACCCAUCAAUUGGGCUACGCUCCCGCGCCAAGAUGCUGUCCGCCAUUCCCACGACCUUGCGCGCGGGCGCUCGUCGAGCCGUGGCUCGUGGGCCUGCGUCAAUUGCCGUUUCGACCGCUCCGAAAUCAUCCCGAUGCCUGCAACAGCAGCAGCAGAGGUCGUUCACCUCGUCGCGAUCCACGCUCGCCCGCGGCCCGACGCGCGACCGCACCCGCGAGAUUGUUGCCCAGACUGUCAGCAGCAUUGGCAGCAAGCGUGAGGGCCAGCAAUACCUCAAGCUCUUCACCUCCGUCUCGUCGCAAAAGUUCGCCGUCAUCAAGGUCGGCGGAGCCAUCCUCACCGAGCACCUUGACGAACUAUGCCGCAGCUUGCUGUUCCUGUACGAGCUUGGCCUGUACCCGGUUAUUGUCCACGGUGGUGGCCCCCAGCUGAAUCAGCUUCUGCUUGACGCUGGUGUCGAGCCUCAGUUCGAGGAGGGCAUCCGCGUGACUGACGCCAAGACCCUGGGCAUUGCUCGCAAGCUGUUCCUGGAGGAGAACCUCAAGCUGACCGACCGACUCGACGAGCUGGGCGUAGCCACGCGAUCCCUCAGUGGUGUCUUUAUGGCUGAUUACCUUGACAAGGAGAAGUGGCAGUAUGUGGGCAAGAUCACAAAGGUCAACACGGCGGCCAUUGAGAAGUCGAUUGAGGCUGGCUACGUGCCCAUCAUGACAUCCAUGGCGGAGUCUGAGGAUGGUAGGCUGCUGAACGUUAAUGCCGACGUCGCCGCUGCCGAGCUGUCCCGUGCCAUUGAGCCCCUCAAGGUCGUCUACCUGUCAGAGAAGGGCGGUCUGUUUGGCGGCGACCACGAAAAGAUCAGCCACAUCAACCUGGACGAGGAGUUCGACCAUCUCAUGUCCCAGGAAUGGUGCAGGUACGGCACUCGUCUCAAGAUCAAGGAGAUCAAGGAACUCUUGGACACUCUGCCUCGCAGCUCCAGCGUGGCCAUUAUCCACCCCAGUGACCUGCAGAAGGAGCUCUUCACCGACUCAGGUGCGGGCACUCUGAUCCGCCGCGGCGACAAGAUUCAGAAGGCUUCCUCCGUGUCCGAGUUUGAGGAUCUUGAUAAGAUCAAGGCCACGCUCGUCAGGGAUCGCGAGGGCCUUGAUGCCGAAGCUACCGUCGAUCGCUUCGUCGAGUCGUUGAAGGGGAAUCCCUUCACUGCGUACUACGACGACGCUAUGCAGUGCUUGGCCGUUGUUCUGCCCCCGACUGAGGAGCGCCCCAUGGCUACCCUGGCCACCUUGAACAUCACCAAGGCCGGAUGGCUCAGCAACGUGGCCGAGAACGUCUUUGCCGCUAUCAAGAAGGACAACCCCAGUCUGUUCUGGACGGUGAGCGAGGCUGACGAGAACUUGACAUGGUUCUUUGAGAAGGCCGACGGCAGCUUCAACCACAAUGGCAACGUGCUCUUCUACUACGGCGUGGAUCUGAGCUCCGACGCCCUUGUGCCCAUCUACAACGAGUUUGUCUCCCACGGAAGGGCUUUGCUCGGCGACAACAACCUCGAAUCCCGCCUGCGCCGCGCCGCGCAAAUCGCUAGCCAGUCACUGAACCGCAACCAUACCCAGCAACUAUCCCGCGGAUAAACUGCGCUUGCCUUGCAGCAGUCCCCUCGUACUGAGCAAUACUUGACAAAUUCCGCCAGCGUCGGCUCAACGUGGUGGGGCUGUUGAAGCUUAUCAGCGAGGCGUGAGUGGAUGUGAAUCUUAAUGAGCAC